AAAUAGAUAGGGAGAGGGAGAGGGAGGGAGAGAGAGAGAGAGAGAGAGAGGGAGAGGGGAUGGGCAGAGGUAACCAUUCCAAGGGGAAGGGCUCAUCCCACAACCCUUCUUCUUCAUCUUCCAACCCUAAGUCCCGGUGGCACUCUGCCAUCAACCACCCUUCCUCCGCCACCAAACCAUCCAUCUCCGCCGACUCAAACCCACCACCACCACCACCACCCAAACCCUCCUCAAACCUCACUAACAACGACCCUACCCCAAAACCCGCCCCAUCCCCUACCCCAAACCUGUCCGGAGCUCCAUUUCCAUUCCCGGACGAUAUCGGACCUCCACCACCUCCGGCGUACGGGUUUCACAUGCUGGAACGAAGGUCGAUCGUUCUCGCCGACAGCAAUGUCCGAUCGUAUCUCGCUCUGCCUCCUGAUUAUCAGAAUUUCAAACCGGCAGUGCAUCUGGGCCCGGAAUUGGCCGGUCCGGGCCGAGGUUUUGAUACCCGAUUCCCUCCAAUGGGUCCGAUGAGUCCUGAAUUUCGUGACCGUGAUGAGAUUUUUAUGCUUGAUCGGAACCAGGGUUACUGGAAUUCGCUUGGACCAAUGAAGAGGAAGUAUGGUGAUGAUGAGAGAGAAGGAAAAGAUGGGAAUGAUGAAUUUGAAAGACAAAGGCAACAGCUUUUGCAGCAUGGGGAUGUGGGUUUGAAUCAGAAUAGGUAUAUGAUGAUGGGUUUGAGUGAUAGGGGUGAGUUUUUGGCUGGAACUAGCAAUCCCAGAGGCAAUGAAUUGAGCGCGGCAAAGUAUAUGAGAGUUGGUGAUGGGGGUCAUGAGAAUAUGCACAAUGUGGGUUUUAAGCACAAUGAUAUUGUUGAUGAGGGUGCUUUGAAAAAGUCCUUUUUGCAUUUUGUGAAGUUGGUUUAUUCGAACGAGAGUCAGAAGAAGAAUUACUUGGAAAAUGGGAGGCAGGCACCUCUUCAGUGUGUUGCCUGUGGCAGGUCUUCUAAAGAUUUUCCAGAUAUGCAUAAUCUUAUUAUGCACACAUACAACUCAGAUACAGCUGACUUGCUUGUGGAUCACUUGGGCUUGCAUAAAGCUUUGUGUGUUCUGAUGGGCUGGAACUAUUUAAAGUCUCCAGAUAACUCGAAGGCAUAUCAGUCAUUGUCUUCCAAUGAAGCAUCAGCGAACCAGGAUGAUCUGAUAAUAUGGCCACCUGUGGUGAUCAUUCAUAAUACAAACACUGGAAAGGGUAGAGAUGGACGCAAAGAAGGUUUGGGAAACAAAGAAAUGGAUAAUAAACUUAGAGAUUUUGGCUUCAGGGGUGGCAAGUCAAAGUCCAUGUAUGGAAUAGAUGGUCAUCUUGGCAUUACUUUGGUUAAGUUCUAUGGUAACCAAUCCGGCUUGAAGGAGGCUGUGAGGCUUGCUGAAUUCUUUGAGAAAGAAAGCCAUGGGCGAAUUGGUUGGACCCGAGCAGAGUCCUUGAAAUCAGGCAGAGACGAUGAGAACAAUCCAAACCUCAUGAAGGUGGAUGUGAAGACGGGGGAGAAGAAGAGAAUCUUUUAUGGCUAUCUAGUAACUGUUUUUGAUCUGGAUAAGGUGGAUUUUGAGACGAGGAAGAAGGCUGUGAUCGAGAGCAGAAGGGAAUACAAACCGUCUGCGUAGGAGGCCUAGCAAUGAGACCAGGUAUUUGAGUGUAUCUUACAUAUGCAUUCAUUUUCAAUGGAACUUGGAACUUUUUUCCCUUUUUUCCUGCCUUAUUUACAUAGUUUUGGAGUCAACAAAAAAUGGAAGAUUGUUUUGUGCAAUCUGAUUGCUGAACAAGUAUUGGUUUCGUAUUCCUUUGAUGGUGCGCUAGACCGGGCAGUUCUUGGUAAAAUUAUCAAGGUCUUGUUCAGUUAAUGUAUAUCAUUAGAUUGGCGAUAUAGGGGUGGUGAAAUUUGUGUUUCUUGUUUAACCUGACUUCUGCGAUAAUUGGAAAGAAUUUGUUACUCCUUGAAGGGAAAAAAGAGUUUGCAUUGUUUCCUUUUCA